AUGGAAAAUGAGACCACCGGCGUCUGCCCUUCCCCUCACCUUCGUGCUAGCCUUAGUCCUGAUGGCAGCGAAAAGAAAAGGAGCCGCUUGUGUUCUGCCAUGGCCAGGUGUUUGGAUCAAGCCGAUCGCGAGUUCAACAUUACGCAGCAUUCACUCGGCCCAUUAGGCUCAUGUCGCUCAAAGAACAACGAUCAGUACUUGUUAAGCAGUACCACAGAUCGUGGCGAUUGCUUUCGAUGUUUGAUUGUGUUCCCUGUGCACGAAAAUGUUCUCCAGUACAAAUCCACUCAGUGCAUCUUCGAUUCGAGCAUGACCCUUGAUCGAUGUCGGCAUCACUUCAGUGGUGACACCACCAUGCAUACACUUUUUAGAAAAGAAGCCACUGCUGUACAAUGUCCAAUUGAAGCUCCAUUGAACUUUACCUAUCAUACCAGCGCCGGUUCAUGCAGCAGUCGGAUAUCGUCGAUCACCAGAUGCGCUGAAUGGACGCGGCUAUCGUUUCGCUAUCAGGCUUGCCCAGAAAAUCCUACCAAGGAGGCUUCA